AUGGUUUCCAAUCUACGAGAAGUGGAGUUGAAUACAUCUGAGAUCUUUCGCAAGCUCUUAAUAUGCACUGUCACACUUUCAAAUUUGCCGUCGGACUUUGCUCCUUAUGCGACAUUUCUGGUUUACGGGAUUAUCUCCUUGAAAACUCAAAGCAGCUCACUACUCGCUGAAAAGGCUUUCACAUCACUAUCGCUGGUUUCGAUUCUGACAAGCCAUCUACUAACGUUCAUCCAAUCGUUGCCGCAGUUUAUGCAAUGCUUGGGUUGUCUGAGCAGAAUUGAGAACUAUCUUUCCACAGCUGAUCCGGAAAUAGCAAAGCUGGAAAAUCGGACAAGCGAGGAUUCGGUGCGCCAUAUCCACCAGCUGGUGCCGCCAAAAGCACACCAUCUCUCGGCGGUACAUAGGAAAUCUCAACCUGAAGAUGACGUUCUUCUGUCGCUGGAAGGCGUUGAUAUUGCUUGGUCGUUGGGUUCCGACCCGAUCUUACAGGACCUCAACAUGACUAUUAACAAGGGAAUCAUUGCUAUAGUUGGCCGGUCCAGCUCAGGCAAGUCCGCCCUAGUUUGUAGCAUCAUGGGCGAUGCUGUGGUUGUGAAGGGCAUUCCUCACAUGCCACUUGGUCUCGUAGGGUACUGUGCACAAUCUCCCUGGAUCAUCAAUGACACCAUCAGACACAAUAUUGUUGGUGUAAAUGGUCAGUUCGACAAGAACUGGUAUACAUUCUGUCUUUCAUUAGCUGCCCUCACGUCUGACCUCAAAGCCUUUCCUACCGGUGAUUUGCACCUGGCGGGUAAUAAUGGGACUGCCCUGAGUGGAGGGCAGAAAAAGCGAGUAGCCCUCGCUCGAGCUCUUUAUUCUAGGUCACCGCUUCUGAUACUCGAUGAUGUCUGGAGUGGCUUGGAUUCAGAAAAUGCAAGACUUAUUGAAGAGAAUAUUUUUGGGGACAAUGGCUAUUGUCGAAAAGCAGGGCUUUCUGUCAUAAUCACUGCUCAUUCGGUGCCUCCAUUUGUCGAUCAUGUGGUCAUUCUUCAGGAAGGUUCAGUUAUUGACUCUGGAUCCUUUGAGGAUGUGAUAGCGCGAGCGCCAGAAACCGCCCACGGACUGCCGUCACACAUGGCUGAAAUAAGAGAGGACAUCGGUGGUGACGCUGGGGCAGCCAUUAGUGACAUACCGGUAGUAGCUGGGAUCAGACCGGAACACGAAGCACCGGCGCACCCAACAUUGGAUCCAGAACAAUAUGCUUCCAGGUCCAACGGCAGCUGGAGCACUGCCCUGUUUGCUAAUAUCGUCACUAUUUGGAUCCAGCGCUGGUCCGAAGCAAACGCUAAAACGCCAAAUUCAAAACCAGGACUGUAUCUUGGAGUUUACACGGUUUUCGUCUUUUUGAAUAUAGGCUUUUAUGUCGCGAGUUGCCAUCUUCUCAUCAUCGGGAUCAUAAACAAUACAGCCUACGCAUUGCACUCGGAUCUCUUAAAAACUACUCUGAAUGCCCCAUGGAUUUUCUUUUCAUCCACUGAUAGUGGCACGAUAGUCAAUCGAUUCAACCAGGACAUGGAUCUCAUUGACAUGAAGCUUCCCAUGUUUGCGAUUGGCUUCGCCGGAUUCAAGGCGAUACUUCUCUGUGUGGUCGGCAAAUACUUUGCUAUCACAAUGCCUUUCCUCCUACUCGUCAUUUGGUUCAUCCAACGCUACUAUCUGAGGACAUCAAGGCAAGUCCGACUCCUCGACAUAGAAGCAAAAUCACCACUCUACACACACUUUUGCGAGACGAUUGCAGGUAUUUCUACAAUCAAGGCAUAUGGAUGGCAGAGCCAAUUCCAGCAGACAUGUGAUGAACAUGUAAAUACUUCACAGCGACCGUAUUACACGCUCCUGUCCAUUCAAAAGUGGUUGGCAUUUGUUCUUGAUCUCGUGGUGGCUGUGAUGGCUGUGGUGCUUGUCUCCAUCGCAACAUUCUUCAACAACAAGUUCAGUCCUGCAGAGAUCGGCGUCGGCUUAAAUCUGGUGCUCACUUUCAACGACGCCUUGGCACAGGCAAUAUCGUCAUGGACGCAACUUGAGACCUCCAUGGGUGCAGUAAAACGUGUGCAACAAUUUCAAGAUACAACCCCCUCUGAAAAACGUCCUUGGGUGUUGACCCCGUCUCUUCAUGAUUGGCCUAAUCGAGGUGACAUUGUCUUUGACCACGUUACUGCUUUCUAUCGGUUCGGAGGCCUAUUUCCACUCCCCACAUCCAAAAUCUCGGUUGACAGUACUAACUCCUACAUUACUUACAGUUCGAACAAGCCUCCAGCCCUUGAGAAUGUCAACCUCACAAUCAAAUCGAAGGAAAAGCUUGCCAUAUGCGGUUCUUCGGGAAGCGGCAAGACAUCUCUGGUUCUGGCACUGCUUCACAUGAUAGAUGUUCGCUCAGGGAGUGUGACUAUUGAUGGGCGCGACCUGUCCAGCUUACAGCCCAGUGAUGUCCGCUCAAGAAUCAAUGUCAUCCCACAAGAUCCUUUCUUUUUCCCGGGAACCGUGGGAUUUAAUCUCAACCCAACCAAGGUAUUGAGAGACAAUGUGAUCGAGUCUGCGCUGCGAAAGGUUGGCCUGUGGGAAAAGAUUUCCCUUAAUGGCGGUCUGGAUGCCGAUCUCCAGACUGCGAACUGGUCAGCUGGAGAAAGACAGUUAUUGGCACUGGCACGAUCGUUGACAUCAGCCAGUCCGAUUGUCAUUCUUGAUGAAGCGACAAGUUCGUAA